AGACCUCUACGGUUCAUUGGUAGAACAACGUGCCUAUCAUAGUGCAAGGGAGCGAGGGGCGUGGCCCCCGCGUCCGUCAAGCCGGGUGGGCCCGCCCCCACCUCCGGUCUUCCUCCGGCCAAAGUUGAUCCAUUUGAGGAGAUAGGAGGCUGAGCCAGCUUGCAUACCUUUUGGCGAAAGGCAAAGUGAGCAGGAGGAGCCCAGCCCACGGUGUAACGAAGGCACAGCAACAGAACCCAGGGAGAGGCCGGCCAACGAGCUCAGAAGCAUGGAGAACACAGAGCAGGUCAAGCAAGAGAAACCGGCUGAGCAGACCAACAGCAAUCCCGACAAUGCCAAGCAGGGCGACGCGCAAGAGAAGCAGACUGAUCAGACCAACAGCAACCCCGAGAAUGCUGAGCAGGUGCAGAGAGCCAAGCUGGCCGAGCAGGCCGAGAGGUACGAUGAUAUGGCCGCUGCUAUGAAAGCGGUGACCGAGCAGGGCUCCGGGCUCAGCAUCGAGGAGAGGAACCUGCUGUCGGUCGCCUACAAGAACGUGGUGGGCGCCCGCCGCUCGGCGUGGAGGGUUAUCUCCAGUAUCGAGCAGAAAAACGAGAAGGACGAGAAUAAACUACAGCUGAUCAAAAGCUACCGGGAAAAAGUAGAGGGAGAGCUCCGUGAAAUCUGCGGCGACGUCCUGGGGUUGUUGGAUAAUUACUUAAUUCCCCAUACCAGCUGCUCAGAGAGCAAAGUCUUCUACCUGAAAAUGAAGGGCGAUUACUUUCGGUACCUCGCUGAAGUUGCUUCUGGAGAUGACCGAAAACAAACGAUACAAAACUCUCAGUCAGCAUAUCAAGCAGCAUUUGAAAUCAGUAAGGAAGGUCUGCCAUCAACACAUCCAAUCCGUUUGGGUCUUGCUCUUAAUUUCUCUGUGUUUUACUAUGAAAUUCUCAACUGUCCAGAAAGUGCCUGCAAGCUGGCAAAAGAUGCAUUUGAGCAGGCUAUUAAAGAGCUGGAUAUUCUUCAAGAUGAUAACUACAAAGACAGCACCCUCAUAAUGCAGUUGCUUAGAGACAAUCUUACAUUAUGGUCAUCUGAGAGUGCACCCGAUGAGAGUGAACCUGUUGCAGCCGAGCCUGGAGAAAAUUAAGUGCACAUGGGGCCGAAUCCUCCAAACUUUUUACACAUCUCCAUUCCUUACUGCUCCACUCAAAAAUUCCUAUAGUAACAAAAACUUGUACUGUACUGAUUACCUAUGUAUGGAAAGUCCCAAAUCUAGUCUUUAUACAGUAUACAUACCAUUGCUUUAAAACAAGUCCAUCCCUUGGUUUGUGUUGAUGGUUGUCUGCCUUCCUGGUAUGCAGUUACUGCUGUAGAAGAGUAUAUAGUUUUAACAUGAGUAACCUCCAAAUAAAGUAGAGGUCAGAAUGUUUAAUAUUUUAAAUUCUUGCAAUGUUUGUAUUGUGAGCAUAAUUAAUAGAAAUUUGCUGCACUAGAACAUAAUUGGGAUUUACUCUAAUACAUUUUUGCUUGCUUCCCCUUCUCAAACCACCUUUCCAUAUUUGACAGGUUCUUGUUCUUCAGGACUUGUGUAUUCUUUCACUCCCCUUGAUAUGCAAUUAUUAUUAAUUGAAAACUGGCAUAGUUAAAGCAAAAGAGUCCUUGCACACCUUUAUUCUGCAGAAAGACUGGCCUUGUAUAAAUUUAGUUAUUUUGUGGAAAUAUAAGACUGAAAUGCAAUCAAGUUUUUAAAAAAAAAAGUACCUUGUGAUUUUGGAAUUUUGUGAAUCUUCACCUUUUUAAAAAAAGAAAUGAAUUGUUCACCUGUCAUGUCAAUAUGAUAUUUGCUUCUCUACUGUUACAGCACAUUUCUGCUAAAGUUUGGACUAUGCUUGUAAAUGAUUAAGUCUCAUACAUGACUUUCAAUACACUGGAAUGGGAAAACAUAAUGUUGGAUUGUGCCCAAUAAUUUUUUAAAAGCGUAUUUCUUUGCAGGUUUGUCCAUAUGUAAGGGGAUUUUCAGUAAGAUUUGGACCACUAUAAUUGUUAGUCAUUUUAUCAUAAUCCCCAAAGGCCUUGUGAAAAUGUUAAUGCCCAAUGUAACACAAAAUAAAUGACAUUUUAUAGAC